CGGGGCCUGAGUGGGGCAAAGUGUCCGCAGGCAGGCCGGGUUUCAGCAGCUUGUCAGAGAGCAGGAGGCACAGCAACCUCACACAUCAGAGCAGGGCAGCCACCGUCGCAUGGUCCUAUUCCACCUCACAGUCACUCAGUCGUUCUCUUCAGUGGUUGGAUAUCCGCCGCCUUGCCUCUCCGUGUGGGACGCACAGGGCCUGUUUGGAGCCGGCCCGACCAGGAAGAGGUGUUGGGUUGCUUUGGGACGUGAGGAGGGGAGCUGCGACGCUGCAGAGGUGAAAUUUCCACCCACAGCCAGCGACGCUCUGGUGCACAGAUGGAGACGGUUGGAAGAGGCUGCAUGUCCUUGGAAGUUCACUCUUAGGUCAAAGGUCAUCCCUCUGAAUCCCAGCCUUAUUUCCUGCCCCGGAUGACCGCUCUCACCACAGUUCGGCUCUUCAGGGAAAACCUCUGACGUUGAGGAAGAGAAGAGGAGUGAAAAACCAAGAGUGGAACUUCAUGAAUUCCCUAACUUCCUGAGAGGGAACCACUGUGAUCUGGCCGGAAGGACCCCUGUGCCAAUCGGGACAAUGGGCGUGGCCCUGCUCUGUCUCCAGGCCCUCACCGUCCUACUGGUCAGCGUGGUGCGGACAGCCGCCACCGAGAACGAUGUCACGCCACGCCUCACCUUCCCUUACAAUGCGAAGGAGAGGACGACCAGACACUUCUCAGUCCCAGGGCUGCUGAACUUCACCUCUCUGCUGCUCAGCAAGGAGGACAACAUGCUGUACCUGGGAGCGCGGGAGGCCCUGUUUGCUCUGGACCUCACUGACAUCACCACUCCCAGGCUGCAGAGGAAUAUUACAUGGAACACUCCGGCAAGCAAGCGAGAUGAGUGCAGUUUCAAAGGAAAGGACUUGCAGAAGGAUUGUUUCAACUACAUCAAGAUUUUACUGCGUUAUAACAGCACUCAUCUGUACGUGUGUGGGACAUAUGCCUUCAGCCCUACCUGUGCAUACAUAAACGCUACAGACUUCUCUCUGGUGAGAGGCUCUGGCGGAGAGAUUGUCACAGAAGACGGGCGCAGCCGCUGCCCUUUCAACCCUGAAUACAAAUCCACCGCCAUCAUGGCCGAUGGAGAGCUAUAUGCCGGGACAGUCAGUAAUUUCCAAGGAAAUGAACCUAUUAUUUACAAGAGCCUCGGACAUGGAACUGCACUUAAAACUGAAAAUUCAUUAAAUUGGCUCCAAGAGCCCUCUUUCGUGGGCUCCGCCUACAUACAAGAGAGCCUCCCCAAGGGCAACCCAGUCGGGGACGACGACAAGAUCUACUUCUUCUUCAGCGAGGCCGGGAAAGAGUUCGACUUCUUCGACAACACAAUCGUGUCACGCAUCGCCCGCGUCUGCAAGGGUGACAAAGGAGGCGAGAGGGUCCUGCAGAAGAAGUGGACCACCUUCCUCAAGGCCCAACUGUUGUGCUCCCUGCCUGACGACGGCUUCCCCUUCAACAUCAUCCAGGACAUGUUUGUGUUGACGCCGCACCCUGAAGACUGGAGGAACACGGUCUUCUAUGGAGUCUUCACGUCUCAAUGGUAUAAAGGGGCGUCUGGCAGCUCGGCGGUAUGUUCCUUCACAAUGGACCAGGUGGAGAAGGCUUUCAGCGGGCGUUACCGCGAGGUCAACCGAGACACGCAGCAGUGGUACACGUACAAUCACCCGGUCCCGGAGCCGCGCCCAGGAGCCUGCAUCACCAACGGAGCCAGGGAGCAGGACAUCCCGUCCUCGCUGCACAUGCCGGACAAGGUGCUGAACUUCGUGAAGGACCACUUCCUGAUGGACAGCGUGAUCCGCAGCCAGCCCCUCCUGCUCAAGCGCAACGUGCGCUACACGCAGAUCGCCGUGCACCAGUUCCAGGCCGUUCCUAAGGCCUACGAUGUGCUGUUCAUCGGCACAGACGAUGGGAGGCUUCACAAAGCGAUCAACAUCAACAACAAGAUGUACAUCAUUGAGGAGAUGGUGAUCUUCCCUGACGGACAACCAGUGCAGCACAUCGAACUGGACUCUGAAAAGGGCCUGCUCUAUGUGUCCACGUUGUCUGGCUUGGUGGAGGUGCCGGUGGCCAACUGCUCCAACUACCAAAGCUGUGGAGAGUGUGUCCUCUCCAGGGACCCUUACUGCGCGUGGACCGGGAGGCAGUGCAUGGACAUCAGACAGGUGCCCCCCGGCAGUGUUUGGCAGCAGGAUGUGGAUGACGCCGACACGUCGGCCAUUUGCAACAGGAGCGUGCCCAGCCCGCGGUUCGCUAGACCUCCGCCGACACAGGCGACCCCCUGCCAGGCGAUCAUCAUCCCGGCCAACACCUUCAAGGUGCUGCCCUGCAAGCUGCGCUCCAACCUGGCCCAGCGGCGCUGGGAGCACGGCGAGACGGCGGGCCACUUCCACUACCCCAGCCCGGAGGGCGGGCUGGUGGUGGUGGCGCAGGCCGACCGCCAGGACACCUACGUCUGCUGGUCGGUGGAGGAGGGCUUCAAGCAGCUGCUGGCCAACUACUGCGUGCGCGGCGAGGCCAAGCGGGAGAACACCACGCCGCAGCCGCCGCCGCCGCCGGCAGCGGGCCGGCCCGGGACCUCGGCGCCGCCCCGCGGGGAGACGGUGGUCGUGCAGGGGGAGAGCCGCUCGCUGCAGAGCACCAAGACCUACUGGAACGAGCUGAUCGUGGUGUGCGCCCUGCUGGCCUUCUCCCUGCUCGUGUUCUCCCUGUUCGUGGUGUACAGGAACCGCGACCGCAUGAAGUCCAUGCUGAAGGAGGGCGAGUGUCCCGCCAUGCAGCAGAAGAAGAAGAAGAUGCUGCCGCCGCCGCAGAGGGUCGCGGGGAAGCCCGCCGAGAGCCUGCCGCUCAACGGCAGCUCGCCGGCGGCCGUGGCCGCGCCGGACCACAAGGGCUACCACACGCUCAACGACAACUACAUCUGCAGCACGCCGCAGCACGAGUGCUCCUCCCCGGAGAACAGCAAGAGCUUCUCGGAGUCGGAGAGCAGGCCCCUGAACGUGAAGGAGAGCCACGUGGCGGUGUCGCCCAUCAGCCCUCGGCCGCGCGUCAGGCUGGGCUCCGAGAUCAAAGACUCCAUUGUGUGAGGUUCGAUGCGGAUUUAACGCGGGGCGCACCCUUGCGUGUGCAGUGACCGACCCGGUGAGCCCCAAACAGAAAGGAGACUUUUUGCGAGCACUUGCGGGGAAAAAACGACAAGCACACCCUAGAGAACAGAACAGGACACUGAAUAGCUUCAAACUCCACACGGCCGUCAUUUUUAUAACACAGCCUUUUGCACUUUUUGUCUCCUGAGUUUGUUUCUGUGAUCCAUACACAUUUCCUUUUGUUACUUUUACACAAAUGCUUAUUUUUUUCAAAUGCACUCACAUGCGGGUUUGCCUCCAGACUUGUGAAGCAUUUCCACAACCCUCAAACAGCGUUGUGAAUACAGAGAGGAGGCUGUCCUACGCGAUCCUUCUUGGAUUUCUAACAGUUCUUAGCAUUACAUGUCCGUCCAAAUCAACCUCUUGUAAUGCUUUGAAAGGACAGAUGAGUGUUGGAGCUUUGAAAAGACCUUCAAAAGACCCAGAGCCCAUUUAGAUCCUGUAUUUCACAGGAGCUGUUCACCAUGAACCCUUCGGGAGUUCAAUACACACAAUCCACAAGAAACACUUUUGCCUGGAGUUUUAUGAAGAGAAAAAACACAUUUCUUUACAUACCUGUGCAGCCAUGGUAUGGUAUGUCAUCGCUUUCUCUUUGAUAUAAAUCAAGGGACCAUUUGUUCUGAUAAGAAAGAAAGCACAAAUGAGCACAUGUUAAGAAAGAAUGGGGCAUUUUUCUCCAUGAGUUGCUUAACAAUUUGAGGAUAUUUCCAACAAAGAAAAACAUAUUGGAAAAUUUGGACUUCAAUACAUUUGGCUUCAUAGUGUUGUUUGUAUAGGUAUGUAAAAUGCCGGUGAUUUUGGUCAAGCUUUUCCUUCAAUAAUGUGAGAAAGGGAAUAACCCCAUUCCAGGUAUUAUGCUGUUGUUCACCAAACAGGCAGACUAUGCAAAGUAAAAAAUGUGAAGUGGGGUGAACCUCACCUUGAGACUGCAAGCACAUGGGAGUUGUAUAGAGGAAUGUUGAUGCCCCCCCCCCCAACCCUCACAUACACACACACACACACACACACACACAGACACACACACACACACACACACACACACACACACACACACACACACACACACACACACACACAGAGCGCUGGUCAUUAUAAUGUUUUAAAUGUUUGAGGAAGAUUAUAUGAUGAUAGUAAAGAUGUGGGUUCAUAGAUAAUUGUUUUGCUGGAACACUUCAGUCACUAAGAAUUUCUAGAAUGACAGGUACAAUGACAAUGAAAUUCCAGGCAUCAUUAAAACAACAGCAAAUAAAUCUACUGCCUUAAAGAAAAUAAUAGUUCAUAGAUACAAGUUUUUUCCUACUUUUAGUGGUAAAAACAGCUAUUCUCUGUCACAAUGUUUGAAUUCAGCCUAACACAUCCUUUGUUAUCAUUAUGAUUGGUAAUCAUGUUCAACGUGUUAUUCAUUACUCCAAAGACCAGUCACAUAGUGUUGAGUAUUAUUAAAGAUUACAUUAGUUAUUGUUUUAUUUUAUUUUACAAAAACAACAGCAUUUUCAAUGAUACAAAAAAGUUAUUUUGAACAAUUUAAUGCAUUGAUUUUGCACAUACUUUCAAACGAGCCUUAGUUUGGCUGGGUUUUCAAUUUGGCACCAAACCUGCCUAUGGGAAAUUGUGUGAUGCCUUUAAGUAAAAUGUAAUAAUCAUAAUAUGUGCCUCCUGAAAUACAAAAACGAUUAAAUCAGCACCAUGGGCAUAGAUACUAGAUACUCUAACGGCUACAGAAUCACGUUCUGACAUGAUUGGCCAAAGCACGGCAGAAAAUUGAUAUUUUGAACAAUGUUGAAAAGGAUUUGCGUUGUGUUUUUUACAGUUGGUUCGUCAGGGCAGGGGUUGAAUUCUUUGAAGUGUAGCACAGGAAAAUAACCACUGGCUUUAUUUUGAAGUAUAACACAAUAAAUGAAAUUGAGUUUGCGUAAAAGCAAAAACAAAUUGUACAGCUUUCAAUGAUGGGACAUGUUAUGACUGAAACACAACAUCAACAACAAAAACACAUGUACUUUUGAAAGACUGUUACAAAUAAUAAUUACGAUGAUAAUACAUGAGUAUUAAUGAAUAAUAUGAUUAAUAAUAAUACAUGGCAGCUUUACUGUAGUGGUUGUCAUUGGAACAAUAAUAAUUUUGCCAAGAACAGAACAAUAAAUGUUAGUUAUUUAGUCAAAGAUGUACAGUAGUGCUUUUAAAAAAAUAAAACAAAUCUGCCUUCAUAGUUUCUAACAUAGGCACUCUGAAAGCCAGCGUUUUUGCAGUAUCAUUGCCUACUUUCUCGUAUAUGACCACUAGCCAAGCUUUCUGUUUGUGCCUGUGCAAAUUGCUCAGAUUGGUCAAAAUGUAUUAUAAGAAAUGUUUUUGAUGUAAAAAGAAAAAAAAGAAAAAAGUAUUGUAAAUUCAGCUGCCAAUGUAAAAAAAUAUUGUGAAUUGUAUUUUUGUAAUAUACAUCACUGCUGUUUGUUUUUAUUUUUUAUUGUACUGUAUAUAAAAGCACUUUAUUUUAAUUUUUCAAAUAAAGAUUAAAUUGCUAUA